AUGGAGUUUUACAGCAGAGAAGUGAUUCCUUUAUCAAUCCCCCCAGAGAAAACCCUCUUUGUGGGGCAAACAAUGGAGAUGCCUUACCUGAUCAUAGCCGACCCCCUAACACAUGUGAUGGAGGUUCGUCUGGAGACAUGGAUAGAACCGAUGCCGGAGCCGCCCGAGUUGGUGGCUUACCUCCAAAUUCCAGUGGAAGUUAAUCGGUUAAUUCGAUUAAUUCAAGAAGCCUAUUUAAGUAAUCCUAACUUUUCAACUAACUCAAUGAAUGUUAAUCUUGCAAAUCUUGCCUCAAACUCACUGCCUAUAUCUUGUAUGAUCUGGAAUGUACAAGGUGCGGGGAGUAGGGAUUUCUUGUCUGCUUUAAAGGAAAUUAUUCGUGUCAAUAAGCCAAAUGUUGUUGCCUUGGUGGAAACUCACAUGGGAGGGGCUCAAGCGGAAAAAAUAGCUAACAUUAUUGGUUACAAUGGACAUACUAGAGUUGAUGCACAAGGAUUCAGUGGAGGUAUAUGGGUUUACUGGAAGAGGGAACUUGUUACGGUUGAGCCCAUACAUAAACACAAUCAGUUCAUUACAAUGGAAAUUAAAAGAAUUGAUGGCGUCCCCUGGUAUUUUACUGCAGUGUACGGCAGCCCGGACCCCUCCAAAAGGCAAGAAUUGUGGAGGGAAUUAAAGGAAUUUGCAGCUCUUAAUAAUGUCCCCUGGAUGUUGGCGGGGGACUUCAAUGACACGAGGUAUAGAUGGGAAAGGAGCUCUAGUUGUGCUGAAACAACUAGAAGGGCUGCACGUUUUAAUGAGUGGGUUGAAGAUGUUGGCCUACUCGAGAUAGAAUUUAGUGGUGCAUCUCACACUUUGGCUAGAGGAAACUCGGUUGAGACUUGGAAAAGUGCAAGAUUAGAUCGAGCACUUUGUAAUGGUGAAUGGAGCCUUCGAUUUCCUAAUGCUUCGGUUAAACACCUUCCAGCUAUUCAAUCGGACCAUUGUCCGAUUAUUAUUGCCCCGAAUGGUUUUGCUCCGUUAGCUGAGAUUAAUAGACCUUUUCGAUUCCAAGCUGCGUGGAUGACACAUGAAAAUUUUCGUGUUUCAUUGAGAGCAAAUGGAAUAAAGAAACGCCCCUUAAUUGCGGGUGUGCAACGUGCUCUGGCUCUACAGAAGGCAAGGGAUUUAAUAAAGCUUGAAUCUAAGUUACGAGUGGAGUUGGAUGAGGUGCUUGCCCAAGAGGAGCUCUUAUGGUAUCAAAAGUCUAGAGUUGAAUGGAUUAGAGAUGGUGAUCGUAACACCACAUUUUUUCAUCUGAGCAUAAUUGCUCGGCGUUGGAGAAAUAAAAUCUCGGCAAUUAAAGAUGGGGAAAACGACCAAUGGUUGACAGAAAAACAGGAUGUGCAAGACAAUAUUGUCAAAUAUUUCCAGAAUUUAUUUGACAGUGAUUAUGUCCAGCAGUUUGAGGACCUUCCUCGUGACAUAUUUCCUGAGUUUACUGCCCGUGACUGGAACAACUUAACUAGACCUUGGCUUCAAUGUGAAAUUGACAGAGUGGUGAAAGAUAUGGGCGCUCUAAAGGCACCGGGUCCAGAUGGCUUUCAAGUUUUAUUUUUUCAGAAGAAUUGGGACCUAGUGGCAAAGAACGUUUACAAACUGGUUAUUGAUGUUUUGAAUGGGAAGGGGAUGCCGCAAAAUUUGAAUGACACAUUCCUUGUUUUAAUUCCAAAAGUAGACAAUCCGGAGGUAGCUUCUCAGUUUCGCCCCAUUAGCUUAUGUAAUGUAGCCUAUAAAAUCAUUACAAAAGUUAUUGUGAAUCGUAUUAAGCCUAUGAUGCCUCACCUCACUUCGAGUAAGCAGACAAGUUUUGUUCCGAGGCGCCAAAUUACUGAUAAUAUUGUCAUAGUCCAGGAAGUAAUUCACACUAUGAAGUCAAAGCAAGGUGCUAUGGGUUUCAUGGCUAUAAAAAUCGAUUUCAAAAAAGCAUAUGAUCAAUUGAGGUGGGAUUUUAUUCGGGAUACCCUUAUGGAAAUUAGGUUCCCUAGUCUUAUUAUAGAUGCUAUAAUGGAGUGUAUCACCACUUCUUCAAUGAAAGUCUUGUGGAAUGGAGAGCCUACUCAAGCUUUUUCCCCUAAACGUGGUAUUAGACAAGGAGAUCCCUUAUCACCCUACAUAUUUGUUCUUUGUAUGGAAAGGCUAAACAAAAUAAUUGAAGAGUCAAUCAUUCUUAAUAGGUGGAAGCCGAUAAAAGCUAGUAGAAAUGGUCCUCAACUCUCGAACCUAGCUUUUGCGGAUGAUAUAAUAUUAUUUGUCGAGGCUACUGUUGAACAAGCAGGAUGGAUUAAGCAUUGCUUGGAUAGAUUUUGUGCGGCUCUGGACAGAAAGAGGUUGUCGAGGUGGAAAUCAAAAUACAUUUCUUUAGCAGGAAGAAUUACUUUAGCAAAGUCAACAAUCUCUACGAUGGCUUCCUAUGAUAUGCAAACCGCAAGAAUACCAAGAACCAUUUGUGAUGAUAUUGAUAAAAGAACUCAUAGAUUUAUUUGGGGUGGUGAUCAAGAGAAGCGUAAAGUUCAUCUCCUUUCUUGA